GGCGGACAUAAGGGAGAAAAGGGGGCUGCACCUGACUUUGAGACAAACCAAGGGCCCUCCCCAUGUGUUAUUGAUCUACGAUGCCAAGCAAGCCCCAUACCCAUUCAUUUUCAUUCCACACAGCCUAUCCAACUCUUUUGAGAGGUCUUAGACACUCCCACAAACCCCCAUUAGGAUCCUAAAGGAUAAUAGGGAGGGAGAGAGCCACACAAACCCAAGAAAGAGAGAAAGGAGAAGACUGCCCGCAGGUUCAUUUUCCAGUGGGUAGAGUUGUUUGUUUGGUUCAUAUCUGGAGUUAUACUAAUCCAAAUCAGGCGUGUGAGGUACCUGCGGAUAGCUCUCAAGACGAGGAAUCCGUGAAGGUCUGGUUUGCAUCAAACGGAGUAGUGGAAGGCUUUCAAAUCAGCGAAAGAAAACCCAACCUCGCAGAAACGAUUUUACCUCUUCAAAGGGGCUAUUUUCAUAACUUUUGGUAGGGAACGAACCUACACUUGGAAGAGGCUUUAUAGAACCAAAUUUUAGGCAAGGAACCAAUACUCAAUCACUCUUGGACAAAGGUUUGGUUGCUGGAUUGAUAGCGGGCAGUUUGGAGCUUAAUCGAGGUUGAGGCUAGAGCUUGCUUCCUGUGCUCGUUGCUUGAGUGAUUUCCCGGGGAGAAGACUUGGUUCGUGCUUCCUCCAUUCUGUUUUAGAACAUUAAUAAACAUGCUCAUGGAUAUUUUACUUUAGAGCCUGCGUGCUCAUGUUUGCCCUGUGUGGCAUCUGAUUUCAAACUAUGUUUUCCGCUGCGUAAUGAAUUACUUAUUAUGUUUGUUUAUGGAUGUUAUAUGUGUGAAUGAUAUUCAUGACGCCUUGUAUAAUAUGAAUGUGUUGGACUGCGGUUGACUAUUCGUAUUGUACGGCGGGUUGUUGACGUGUCCGGGGAGGUCCGGGGCGUGACAGCUUGCAACUUUGAUUUGCAAUUCAUAUAUGUGCUUAGCGGUUGGGAGGGUUCUGCCCAUGAUUCAAAAGUGUUAAAUGAUGCAAUUUCAAGACCAAAUGGUCUUAAAGUGCCACCAGGUACACUUUAACAUGUUUAUCCAAAUCUCUUUUACCAAUUACUUAUUGCAUUGUAUAAUAGACUAAUUGUGUAAUGAUUCAAUGCCUAGGAAAAUAUUACUUGGGGGAUUGCGGAUUUGCAAAUCGGUGUCAAUUUUUAGCUCCAUUUCGAGGUACUCGGUAUCAUCUAAAGGAUUUUGGUGGUGAAGGAAAUCACCCUGUGAAUGCGGUUGAACUAUUCAAUCUUCGUCAUGCUUCUUUAAGAAAUGUGAUUGAACGGAUAUUUGGAAUAUUCAAGUCACGCUUCACAAUCUUCAAAACAACACCUCCUUUCUCUUAUAAAACACAAGCAGAAUUAGUUUUGGCAUGUGCAGGAGUACAUAAUUUUCUUCGACGUGAAUGUCGAUCUGACGAAUUUCCUCCGGACCCAGAAGAAGACCCACCUAGCGAUGAUGAGGACAAUCUUGAAUGGGAUAAUUUUCAGACACAAGAUCAACAGAGGGAAAAGGUCAAUGAAUGGAGGAUGAAUCUUGCUAAUCAAAUGUGGGCAGCUGCAGAAAAUGAAUAAUUUUGAUCCAUAGUUCAGUAGCACAAGACGUUUGUUCCCAUAUUGUGCAUUGUGUGCAUUGAUGACAUUAUUUUUUUCUUAUAUUUUUUAAUGGUUAUGUUUGACCUCAUUCGGAAUAGAGAACAUUAGCUAUUAUAUUUGUCAUAUUUUCUGUGUAGUGAUUCUUAUUUAUUUAAGUCUGGUUUGCUUUGUUAAA